AUUAUAUGAUUUGCGAUGAAGGACAUCAGAUCAAGAACCCAGCGGCUCUGACGACCAAGGCAGCUCAUGCCAUCUCAGCUACCCAUAAAUUCAUCUUGACCGGUACACCCAUCCAAAAUAACCUUAUGGAAUUCUGGGCUCUAUUCAGUUUUGUUGAAGGAUCAAUUCUCGGCCAGCGACGAACAUUCAAGAGCGAAUACGAGAUCCAGAUUAAAAAUUCAAGAAAAAAAGAAGCACCAGAAUCGAUAAAGGCCAAGGGUAAUGCACUCUCUAAGAGUCUGCGGAGGCUAACAGACCCGUACUUCUUGCAUCGACGAAAGGCAGAUGUCUUGAAGAAGAAGGAAGUGAAAGAAGAAAAUGAGAGAGGGCAGGAGAACGAAGGAACACUGAAGAAUGAGAGAAAACAGGAGGAGGAUGCCUUACCAGGCUGUUCCUAUCGGAGAAUGGACUCGCAUCCCCCAUUGAACGAAGCCAGGUCUUUGGCCCACAAGAAUGACUUGGUGAUGUGGCUUCCACCUUCUCCAACACAGGUCUUUUUCUACAACCAGUAUGUCAACCUUGAUUUCUUCAAAGAGGUUAUGAAAGAAAAUGACAAGAGAUAUAUCUUUGUGGAGCUGAUGAUUCUCAAAGCACUGUGUGACCACCCUCGCCUGCUAUCUAAGAGAGCCUGUCGCAUGCUCGGACUCAUUCCAGCUCCGAGCGAUGGCUCGCAAGAGGCAGCGUCCGAGAUGGAAAGUGCAGCUAACGACAUCACUGGGGUGAGCGAGGAGGUACUUAUACAAGAGUCAGGGAAGCUGGUUUUCCUCUUCAAGCUUCUGGAGAAUCUAAGAGAAGAAGGACAUCGGUGUCUUGUUUUCAGCAGAUCACUCAAGAUGUUGAAUAUGAUUGAGAAGAUUCUACGAACAAGGCGAUUCCGAUGGAAGCGGUUGGACGGCUCCAUCCAUGAUAUGAUUGAGAGGGAAGCGAUCAUCCAAGACUUCCAGCAGGAUAAUUCUUAUAAUCUAUUCCUCCUGACUACUAAAGUGGGAGGGAUAGGGCUGAACUUGACUGGCGCAGACAGGGUUGUUAUUGGUGAGUCGAAAAUAACGUUUUUGUAAUUGUCAAUAUCAUGACUAAACCCUUUGGUGGUAUUCUAAUAAUUAUGAUGUCCCCCUUCAAUGAUUUGCGCGAUAUUUCGGAAACGCCAAAAUGUAGCGCCGCAAAAUUUUCAUGAAUUUGUUUAAGUCUCGCGCAACUUUUGAGACCAAUUCACGACAUACGGGUAUAGCAUCGCGGCGCCACGUGACUUUUUACAAGACAAUGUCAUGCCUAAAAUUUUUAUAUUUUGUGUACAAAAUCUAUGGGAGAUGAAAUUCAUAAAAGGGUGAUUAUUUUUUGUUCUGAUUGGACUGCUUAGUUAAGGUUUAAUUUAGUUAAAGCUGUAAUAAUUUCCAUCGAAAAGAACAAUGAAAGACAAAAGAUAACAACAAAGAAAUAUAUAAGAAAUUAAAAAGCAAAAAGAAAAUACUUAAUGAAAAAAAUAGCUUUCACAAUUUUUGUUGUUGAAACCUUUAAAUUCGAUUACAAAGAUGACAUCUGGAAAAAAAAAAUUUAAAGUGAAAUUGGGUGUUAAUUAUGCAAAUACUGUUUUUCACGAAUAAAUGUGUAUAUUUUAUUCAUUAUAGAUAAAGAAUUAUUUUCAGAUUUUUUUUAUACUGGCAUAUAGUUUAUUGGUAAAUAAUCUGCAUGCCAAAGUUCGGCACGAUCGCGAACGGCGGCCAAGAUCAGAAGGGGGAGGGGGGCAUGUUGGCCCCCAGUCCUCAAUACAUCUUAAACAGCCCAGUCCUUUUAGGGUUAAAUUCACUUUAUUUUUGUAUUAUUCUAUUAUUCCCAUUUCAAGACUUAAUUUAUCUUACCAACUUUUUGCAGCAGGGUAAGAAUAGUUUAGAAUUGGUGAAUAAGUUGACAACUGGCACUCCAUAAAAGUGUGGUCUAAGUUAACCCAGGUUUAUCUAAACCAUGGUUUUGAUAAUUGGCCCGAAUUCACAAAGGUGGUUUUUAAAACCAUUUUUUGAACCCAUGAUAUGCAGAUUCCUGUAUGAAUUACGCGUAUUUACGGCGCAAAUUAACAAUGUCGAAUGCUGAUGCAUACUUUUGUAACAGUGCACCAAAUUGACGCCCGCUGCCGUGGUUAUCCAUGCUAUUUUAUUCAUGAGUCCACUGCUUUGAAUUAAUAAGUCAACUCUUCAAACAAUGGACUUGUGAAUGAAAUAACAUUCUUAACCAUGGCAAUAGGAGUCGAUUUCGCGCACUGUGACAAAAGCGCGCAUCAGCAUUGGACAUUUCUUUUAGGCGUGUUGUCAAAAGUGUGCGUGCGUCUUUACCUUUAUAUUCUACGGCGAACCCACUGAGCGUGCCAUUGUCCAUUUUUCUUUCCUACGGGUCAGUGCUCUUUCCAUUCAAGACGCCAGCGUGCCCUUUUGCAGCGAAAACGGAAGCGUUCGCUUUUAUCUUUUCUUCUGACAUGCUUCGGUUGGCUCUCCGAUAAUAUGUUUUUGCAUUAGCGCCCUCUAUGUUCACGAUAUCGGCGUUUUAGGCAAACUAUUGAACGUCCGAUCUCUAGUCACUGAUCUGAAUAUCAUUGUGUCCUUGUAUCGGUGUGCCUAGUCCAUUGGGGGUACAUUUUCCAAAGUUACGCUUUCACAAUUUCUUUUUAUAGUUUUUCGUUUCAGGUUUCAGUAGUGACAAAGUUCAAUUAGAUUUAGAUUUGAUUUUUUUAAAUAGAACGAGUUGCUUUAUUUUGAAGAAUAUACCGUUAAGACACUGACUUUCUAAAAGUAAAUGUUCAGGCGCGGGUAAGAUUUUUUUUCAUCACACUGAGCCCACACAGUCAGCAUUGUCGGGUGAAAAGGAAAAAUAUGGAAUUGUCCUUAACUUCUUUGUAAACGAAAUGCAAAACCCUUUGCAAAAGAUGCAAUAUAAAUCAUACCUGGGUCCCAAAAUGAUGGCAUUUAAAUAUCUACAUUGAAACGCUAUACUGUGACAAAAAAUAAUAAACUCAUAAAAUGCAAGCGUUUUUGUGGGAAAAUGGACAAGGGCAUCGUUGAAAUUCAUAUUUGAGUUAAACAUAGGCCUAUAUCUAAUUUAGCCAAAGUGCACAACAAUUUUACUCUUAUUAUACAUUAUGUUUAAACAUUAACAUGCUAGAAACUUAUAUAUUCACACAUAAUACAGAUGUCGUGCAAAACAAAUGAAUAAAAUAUCAUUAAUUUGAACUUUUAAAAAUUAAAUUGGAUGCUCAAGCAGUCAUAUCGGUCAUUGUUGAUUAAAUGCACAAUUCUUGAAUUUCAUUGCCCGAAAUUUAGAACAAAAAGUAUUUUCGUUACUUUGUAAGACCAUUACAAACAUCUUUACUUUCAAACGAAAUCAAAAGCACUUAACAAUUUAGUAUAAAAAUUAUCAAAUUUGAGGUAGUCUUGACCAUGAAUUGAGUUGAAUGUUUAUAAAGGAAUUAUAGCGUAUUUUAAUGAAUCCCAUUCUAAAAUUUGAAUGACCGAUGUCUCCGGGGAAAAAAUAUCGCGUGAAUUAAAAUGCAAAUUAACACAUUUAAGUGACUCUGACAUGAAAUUGGACAUGAAAACCUAUAUUAUCUUUUUACCUGGGAUCCGUCUUUAUUCUCUUAUCAAUUUCCCCUGUGAUCUAGAGUACUAAGUGACCAAGUGUUCUUGAUUACCAUCCAGCAGACACAGAACCGAAGGGGGUCUGGGCUGAAGCCUCCACACUCUUUUUCCUCCAAAUAGCGUACAAAACGUAAAAAGUACCAUGAUUUUAUGCAUGGUGAUCCCCUUCAAAACCGUUCGGCGGUUGGGGAAGGCUUAAUUAUUUCUUUCAAUUUUUCAGUUCUACUCACAAUAUUUAAUUUUGUCAACUUAAUUUUAAUAGCUUCUUUUUUUUCAUCCAACUUCAUUUCUUCCUUUGAAUUUUUCUAAACCUUUUCUAUACUUAUUUUUUUAACCUUCACGUUUGACUUAUACAGUAGUGCAUAUUGCCGUUGAUUUCUUCUUCCUAUCAAAUAUCUGAAUUUAUCUGCAAUAUGUGUGUGUCAAAUUAUUGCAAAUUAGAUUCCCAGUGUCUAAGGUAAACAUAAUUUACCGACGUAAAGUUUGUAAUACGAAAGCCUCUUUGGCCUAGUUUCCCUUCCAACUUUGUACUUCACCUCUUAAUCGUAUAGCUGUAUUCUGUAUAGCUUGCAAAUUUAAAUACUUUUACAC